AUGGGUAACAAUCUGAAGGACAGCCUGUUUCCUCCUUUCUUCGGGGCCGAGGAGGAUAGAGAAGAAGACCAGUUCUCCGUGCUUAAUGAACAGUUUGGGCAAUACAGUGUUCAACCACCAAACAAAGAGAUUCAGAAAGAAAUAACCAAGUUAUUAGAAGCAGGUAUUAUAUAUCCUAUAUCUGAUAGCAAAUGGGUUAGUCCUGUACACGUUGUACCAAAGAAAGGAGGCAUAACCGUUAUUGAAAACGAAAAAGGAGAAACUAUAACUAAACGAAUCGAAUCGGGAUGGAGAAUGUGCAUUGAUUAUAGGAAACUAAACAAAGCAACCCGAAAAGAUCAUUUCCCUUUACCAUUCAUUGACCAAAUGUUAGAACGAUUAGCUAAACAUUCACAUUUCUGUUAUUUAGACGGUUAUUCAGGCUUCUUUCAAAUACCAAUUCACCCUGAUGACCAAGAAAAGACAACAUUCACAUGCCCUUUUGGUACCUUCGCGUAUAGACGAAUGCCGUUUGGUCUGUGUAAUGCCCCUGCAACUUUUCAAAGAUGCAUGAUGGCAAUAUUCGCCGACUUUCUCGAAAACAUCAUGGAAGUAUUUAUGGAUGACUUUUCUGUAUACGGACAAAGUUUCGAAGAAUGCCUUGAAAACCUGGAAAGAGUUCUGGAGCGAUGUGUAAAAGUAAACUUAGUACUUAAUUGGGAAAAGUGCCACUUUAUGGUACAAGAAGGAAUUGUUUUAGGACACAUCAUCUCGAACAGAGGAAUCGAAGUAGACAAAGCCAAAAUAGAGGUAAUCGAAAAUCUUCAACCCCCAAGAACUGUGAGAGAAGUACGAAGUUUUUUAGGACACGCCGGUUUUUACCGACGAUUCAUCAAAGACUUCUCUAAGAUAACUAAACCCUUAACCGGACUGUUGAUGAAAGAUGCUGAAUUCAUAUUCGACGAUAACUGUUUAAAAGCAUUUCAAACUCUUAAACAAGCAUUGAUCUCCGCACCCAUUAUGCAGACACCAGACUGGAAUGAACCAUUCGAAAUAAUGUGCGAUGCCAGUGACUAUGCUGUAGGUGCUGUUUUAGGACAAAGAAAGGAUAAAAAGCUUCACGUUAUAUACUACAAAGAAAUAACCAAGUUAUUAGAAGCAGGUAUUAUAUAUCCUAUAUCUGAUAGCAAAUGGGUUAGUCCUGUACACGUUGUACCAAAGAAAGGAGGCAUAACCGUUAUUGAAAACGAAAAAGGAGAAACUAUAACUAAACGAAUCGAAUCGGGAUGGAGAAUGUGCAUUGAUUAUAGGAAACUAAACAAAGCAACCCGAAAAGAUCAUUUCCCUUUACCAUUCAUUGACCAAAUGUUAGAACGAUUAGCUAAACAUUCACAUUUCUGUUAUUUAGACGGUUAUUCAGGCUUCUUUCAAAUACCAAUUCACCCUGAUGACCAAGAAAAGACAACAUUCACAUGCCCUUUUGGUACCUUCGCGUAUAGACGAAUGCCGUUUGGUCUGUGUAAUGCCCCUGCAACUUUUCAAAGAUGCAUGAUGGCAAUAUUCGCCGACUUUCUCGAAAACAUCAUGGAAGUAUUUAUGGAUGACUUUUCUGUAUACGGACAAAGUUUCGAAGAAUGCCUUGAAAACCUGGAAAGAGUUCUGGAGCGAUGUGUAAAAGUAAACUUAGUACUUAAUUGGGAAAAGUGCCACUUUAUGGUACAAGAAGGAAUUGUUUUAGGACACAUCAUCUCGAACAGAGGAAUCGAAGUAGACAAAGCCAAAAUAGAGGUAAUCGAAAAUCUUCAACCCCCAAGAACUGUGAGAGAAGUACGAAGUUUUUUAGGACACGCCGGUUUUUACCGACGAUUCAUCAAAGACUUCUCUAAGAUAACUAAACCCUUAACCGGACUGUUGAUGAAAGAUGCUGAAUUCAUAUUCGACGAUAACUGUUUAAAAGCAUUUCAAACUCUUAAACAAGCAUUGAUCUCCGCACCCAUUAUGCAGACACCAGACUGGAAUGAACCAUUCGAAAUAAUGUGCGAUGCCAGUGACUAUGCUGUAGGUGCUGUUUUAGGACAAAGAAAGGAUAAAAAGCUUCACGUUAUAUACUACGCUAGCAGAACCCUGGAUGUGGUUCGAAGACGAGGUGCAGAUGGUAGGAUUCCAGUCCGCACGUUAGACCGGGACGCAUAUUCAUCUACAGCUGAGCCGACUGGAUAUCCAGGAGGGCCGUACGAUACGUCUCUUUUGGAAAUAGGUCCAAAGAAAGAGUUAAAGGUUGCUGGACAUGGACUGAAACUGACAUCUAGGGUUCCAUUGGCUCUUCCACCACAGAUGGAGAGUUGGUGCUGGAUUCACGAAUACUUUCCAACUGUUGGAAAAAGAGGGGAGAAUUGGAAACCAGCUGAUAAUUGUGGUCUUCCCCGAGCGAUGAGAUGGUCGUAUAAGCAAGGAGUCUUGAAGGUUGAUGAUUUACGACCUAUUUUGGAAGAGCUGACACCUGCCGAUGUCAUAUGGCGUCCAUUUGAGGAUCAUAGAGCAUGA